CUAGGGCUAAUAGAUAAAGUGCUAUAAUUUUUUUCUUUUUCCUGUUAUAUUCCCAGCUAUUCGUGCUGCUGUUGCAUGUUGUUGUUGUUCUUUACUCUGGUCGGUUUUUGCCGUAAACAAUGUUGCUAUUGUUGUUCCUCUUGUAGUUUCUGUCGCUGUUGGUUGUUAUUUUCCCUGCUCUACAUGUUGUUGUUGCAUGUAGUUUGUUUCCCUUGUUGAUCUUAGUAUUCGUCAAGGCACGACAGUACAUGCAGGUGCUAGACAAGAAGUCUUUGACAUAGCGUUGUGUCACAUAACAAAUCAACUGAUUGGUCUUACAGUCUAUUUUCACGUUUUUUAGUGACGCUCCCAAUUUCAAAAGAAAUAUGUUCGAGCUAUAUAUAUUGUUACACUUUACGAUAUAUUACGCUGUGUGCACGUAAGAUCUUGUAACAUCUGUAAGUUUUGGUGCACGGAGCCUCCUUUGAACGGAAACAUCUUUGCCAAAAGAUAUUUCGUAACAAACAUUCGACAGAUCCUUUUGUUUUACUAAGCUUUUAAAAACUCGUAAGAGGCCUAUUCAGGGCGCUUAAGAUGUGACAGAAAUUAAAUUUGCUGACUUGGGUGCCGAUUAAUGGUCUUGGUAAAACUUCAUACAAUUUAGGCUUUUCGUAAUUCUCUCAUAUUAACCGGAUUCUUCCCCCUGUGCCGUGGAUUUUGAUUUGCAUUUGAAAUUACCAAAUGUCUAAAGAUAUAGACGGAUAUAUAUUCACGGUAUUGACUAUGCGUCUACGUAAAUCUUUGAUCCAAAUUGACAGUUUUCUGCCUUGAGUAAAUGGAGGCAUCGGCCAGCUCUUAAGUCAUUGCUCCUUUGUGUCAAUAUGGUUUACUUUAAGAAGAGAGAAAUUAAGAAAAGUAAUCAGAAUAGUUACUGCCCGCCGGCAGGUGUCAAUUAUUACAUAUUGUUCGCUCUCAGAGACGCCAAGACCGGUAAAAUAUAAAAUUUAUGGCACGGCAUUUACGUAUUACAUUCAUCAACGUGUUGUAUACGACCGGCAUCUCGAAAAAAACCGUUAACGGAAAGGCACUUGAACUGCUUUGGGAUAUUUCAUUUCUCGCUUUUUAAUUACCGUCGUCACGCAUUUAUCGAAAUCGGUCAAGUGGGCAAGAUCUUUGGCAAGAGCAAAUCUUCAUAUUCCACCUCGUGUUUACAGAGGAAAACCUUUGCGGUCAAAGAGGAUAUAAAUUUCAAGACCCAAUUCAUCUACAAAAAAAUCGGCACCGUCAAAUACCGCUCCAUCAACGAUGGAAGAUCCGUCGCUUUUCCCUCCUUUGAAUGACGAAUCGACAUUGCUGGCAAUCCUAGAAGUCAUCUUCGUCUUCCUGCUGAUUAUCUUUGGACUCAUCGGUAACUUUGGCGUGUGCGCCAUGGUGUAUACGCAUCGCCAUCUUCAAACAAUCCCCAACUACCUGAUUGUGAAUCUCAGUAUCUCGGAUCUGCUUCGGAUCUUCUUUACCCUGUCUGUCUCCACAGGCGUCCUGAUAGAACGACGCUGGAUUUCUGGUGAAACGUUUUGUCGUGUAAACGGUUGCUACACGCUGAUUUUUUUGGUGGCGUCGCUCAUGUCGGUGACAACUAUCAGCGUAAACAGGUAUUUUUUAAUCGUGCGACCAAACGAAAGUGCGACAUUUUUCAGCCAGCGGCGGACAAGAGUUAUGCUUUUCACCCUGUGGUUCUUGGCUGUUUCCAUCGCUAUUCCACCAAAUUUAGGGUGGGGUCAUUAUGGGUUUUUCGUCUCGCGCGCGACUUGUUUCAUAGCCGUGGGAAGCAGUUAUUCCUACACGAGUUUUCUCGUGAUAGCCUUUAUUGCAGCCCCGUUUUCCGUCCUAAUCUGGUGCUACAUGAAGAUUUACCUGGCUAUGAAGAAAAGCAAGCAGCGAGUGGUCCAGAUAAGCGUUCGAAGUCUGCCGGUAUCAAUGAGUGCAGAGAAUAACGAGAGAUUAAAGAAAGAGGUGAGGUGAUUUAAUUUGCUUUUUAGUUUCGCCCCUGAUGGAGGAUUGAAAGUAAUUGCACUCCUGAAAGCUCUCGAUUUAAGUAAGAUCGCUAUUGCCGCCAUAAUAGCCAAGUCAAAAAUGUAUUUUGAUUAAUGUUUAUUGCUUUUAAGAAAAUUACUUUAGAUGUUUGAAACUUGUAGAGUUAUUUCGUUUAAGAUCAUAUCUGCAACCCAAAAUUCGCACACUUUUCAUUUUUAAGGAAAUCAGCUUUCAUUAUAUACUAACAUGAUUAUUAGCUCAAGGCAAACAUUGUAUAUACGUGUAAUAUUUUGUAAGAAAUUACUUUCGCCACUAAACAUCAUUUCCAGUAUCGCAUUUUUGUUUUGGUUUGUUUUGUUUUGUUUGCCUAAAUUUUGGCACAAAUGAUAGGAUUUUAGGAUUUAAUAAACUUUUUUAUUUAAAGAGGCUUUUAGAAACCUUUUCAAGGGAAUGAGGUCAGUGGGAAAUAAUCGUUGUUGACUUGCCGGUUGAUAAAAGAUACGCUUUUAUCCGCCGAAAUAGACUUUCGAAUGCUCUCUUAAUGGGGAAUUUUUUUUUAUUCUUGAGCUAAUUGUCGGAAAUAUGAAAUCAACAGAGGGACCGGUCAUUCCAUAAAUAAGGAACAUUGCCAAACUACGAUAGAACUAGUUCCGUGUUAUCUAAUCUCUUAUGUACGUAUCGGAAUAUCUACUGACUUGUUCGUGUAAUGUAGGUACAUUCAGCAAAGCGAUAUCCCUUCACCAGUUACUUACUUAAUUAAUAAUCUCCUUGCCAGUCUUAAGAAAAUUGUUCAAGUGUGCCUGAAAAGUAGGGACAACCAAUGACGGCUUUCUCUCAAAUGCUUUUUAAAACGCUUUGAAAGUUCCGUAGAGAAAUGUUCGCAAUUGUGGACAUUCAAGGGAACUAAGUAGGGCUUUUUUGUUCAUUUCCCGAAAAUCUUAGGUCUUAUUGCUUUUUCGAAAAUCAUACGUGACCUUUUCUCGGUACUGGAAUAGGAAAACAAGUGGCUUUAAAUAUCUCGUAUCAGAAACAUUCGAGCUGACAAUUCUCUUAAAAAAAAAAAAUCGACGGGGAUUUAAGUCCUUGCGAACAGACAGUUUACCGAACGUUUCGUUGGGUCUCCUUAAAUGUCUAGGUGUUCGUGUAUUGUCGAAACAUUCAGCCAAACAAUACCCAUUCAGUAGUUAAUUAACAGUCUCCUUGCCAGUCUUGCGAAAAA